UUUGGAAAACCGUUUUGAAAUAAAGUGUGCUGCACGAGAACGCCGUGUUUCCACACUUAUAGGUGACGUUGCUCAAACUACGGACGGACUUUACGCUGUAGACGCACUUGUUUGCGUCCAGUUUGUGGUUCUGCUGGACGUGAACAGAGAGCAAAAGGGGAAAAAACUGAGGAAGUGAAACGGGCUAAUUACUCAGUCCAUCCCUCAUUUCCAUAUCCAGAGAGAGUGUCUGCUGGCGCCCGGCCAAUCCCUCAUGCAGCGCAACUGACCCCGGGACUGUACGGGACUGCCUGCCUGCGUCCGAUGCAUCUGCAGAUCGGAGCGCCGACGCGAGCGCAGAAACAUGUCCCGAAGAAAGCAAGCGAAACCCCAGCAUCUCAGAUCGGACGAAGAGGGAGCACCGUCGGAAAAAGGUCCGGAUAACGCACUUUUCUUGAUGGGAGGCGAUGAGGAGGACAGCAGCACUGAAAGCCACAGCGGGGGCGAGGAGACGCACGUGUGCGAGAAGUGCUGCGCUGAAUUCUUCAAGUGGUCUGACAUGCAGGAGCACCAGCAGAAGUGCACAGAGGACCCUCCCGUGCUGAUAGUAAAAGAGAACGAAGAGAAGCUGCUGUCCCGAGGAUCGCCCACAGAGUCCUUCUUAAGCACUCACAGUGACUCAGCUGAAAUGGAGGUCAGCGAGCACAACUCUGAUCUGGCUGAGAAAGUCGACGAGAGCUUUCCUGAGGAAACCCAAGUUAUUGACGUGGAUGAAGACAUGGAUAUUAGCAUGGCCGGGCAUGAAUCAUCACACCUUAGCCCUCUAACGCUUGACAAUGAAAACAUGAAAACCUCUUCGCCUGGACCUUCUACGACCAACCACUAUGACAUGCCUAGCACUAACGUGACGCUGGAGAUUCUUCAUAGCACCAGAGUGGCCGUUGCCCAGUUUUCCCAGAGCAUUCACUGUGCGGGACCCGCGGGCAAGCUGAACUCGACUGCCAUACCCAUGAUUCUGGAGCAGUUGAUGGCUCUUCAGCAACAGCAGGUUCAGCAAUUACAGCUCAUCGAGCAGAUCCGCAAUCAGGUCGCUGUAAUGAAUAGGCAUCCUACGCAAGCUGCACUUAAUCCUGCCUCGAAAAGCCUGCCCUCUGACUCUACCACUUACAAUUUCCAGGGCAUUGCUCCGCCCCCUGUACUUCCAUUAUCUGGUGUCAUGCCCUCUUCAGUGAACGGGCAGGCCUCGGUAUCCCAGGCUUCUAUGCUCGGAAGGCAAGCGUUACUCUCCUCCCGACCCAACAGUGGACAGUCCAACGCAAGAGCAAUGGACAGUGCUUCCUUACCAAGUUCAAGCCCGCAUCUCUUCAACUACACUGGGUCUUCCCCACUCUUGCCAUCCUGCAGUGGAUCAAUCUCUAAUGUUAGUAACACCCAGUCCAUAAGCACUCCCAACUCACUAUCAGCUUGCCAGAGUAGCCUCCUUAGCCCUUCAGCCAACCUACCAUUACUACCUCAAAGCCCUCCCAACGGAGUCAUCUUUCCCAAUCCACUGGCCAGCAUAGCAGCCACUGCCAGUGCUUUAGACCCACUCGCUGCAAUGAUGAAGCGCAAGGGCAAACUCCCAGGAGUAUCCAUUUUUGACAGCAAGCCCACUUCAGAAGAUCCGUUCUUUAAGCACAAAUGCAGGUUCUGCGCCAAGGUGUUCGGCAGCGAUAGUGCGCUGCAGAUUCACCUGCGCUCACACACGGGUGAAAGGCCCUUCAAAUGCAACAUUUGUGGCAAUCGUUUCUCCACCAAGGGAAACCUCAAAGUCCACUUCCAAAGGCACAAGGAGAAAUACCCUCACGUUCAGAUGAAUCCGUACCCAGUCCCUGAAUAUCUGGACAAUAUCCCUACCAGUUCUGGGAUACCCUAUGGAAUGUCUUUUCCUCCAGAAAAAGCAGGACCUACUUGGCUAGACAGCAAACCUGUCCUACCAACAGUGCCGUCGGCGAUGGGUCUGCAGUUGCCACCUACGGUACCGAUUAUUGAAAGCUUAAGUGAUUCCUUUACAAGUACGCCCUCCGAAAGAUCUCCACACAGGCCCUCGCCAGCCAGAGGUGAACUUGCACCUUCGCCGCCCAAUCCCACUGGGACCGAGACGGAUAUGUCCAGCACAACAUCCUCUCCGACGUCAAACAGACAAGGAGAGAUCACGCAGACCACAGAGGAGGUUCACUUGCCACCAAAUGAUAAUGUGACUAGGAACGGUAACAACCUCAGCCCUUCAAACCACAGCCUGCAUCCACAGUCUAUGCCAACAGCAACACCUGUUAAGAGCAAUGCACCCGAGUCCACUGAUGUUCCUUCAGAGGUUAAUAAAUCCUCAUCUCCCCCACUAAUCUCAGAUCAGUUUAAAGCCAAGUUCCCAUUCGGCGGUCUCGAAGAAUCUAUGCAAACAUCUGAGACAUCAAAGCUCCAGCAGCUUGUGGAAAACAUUGACAAGCAGAUGACGGAGCCCAAUCAGUGUGUGAUCUGCCACCGCGUGCUAAGCUGUCAGAGCGCGCUGAAGAUGCACUACCGCAUUCAUACAGGUGAGAGGCCGUUUAAAUGUAAAGUUUGUGGCCGUGCUUUUACCACAAAGGGUAACUUGAAGACUCACGUUGGCGUGCACCGCGCAAAGCCUCCCCUUCGGAUUCAGCACUCGUGCCCGAUCUGUCAGAAAAAGUUCACUAAUGCCGUCGUGUUGCAGCAGCACAUUCGUAUGCACAUGGGCGGGCAGAUUCCAAACACUCCGCUUACAGAAACCGUCUAUGAGAAAGAUACCGAUAUGGAGAGCUUUGACAGCAUGAGUACUUAUGAUGAUGACUGCCUCGAUGAUAUUUCAUUUGAGGAUGAAGGCGACGUUGUAGAAAACUGUGAAAACACUCUAAGCUCUUUUUCAGAAAGCCUACCACCCAUCCCAUCGCUCCCAACCUUUUUACCGGAAGCUAAAAAAACAGAGAGUGACUCAUCUAUCAGUCUCAGCCAAUCGAAUGGGACAAAGAUGGUCAGGUGUGGGCCUAUGGAUAACAAUCAUCAUAUUCUUGGCCGCACCGGCACGGGCGAGAUGGAGAACCACAACAUGUUGACUAGUUUAAUGCCACCGUCAAGCUCUGUUCACAUUCCACCCUAUCCAACGAACAUUCAACCCGAUGGCACACAUGAGGACUCCACCUCUCUGAACCUCUCCAUGAAAAUUCAAGAGGGAAGUGCUAGAGUCAAAUCUGAAAUGUUGGAUUGUCCCGCAACAAGUUUAGUCAAUGGGAUUAGUCUUAAUCAAACAGGUAUCCAGUCCAUUAAUUGUACAGUCAAGAAAGAAAAUCCUUUCAUCGUGCAAAGUUUCAGUAAGGAACUCGAAAAUCUUCAAAGGACCACCGAACAGGAUAAUAAAAAUGCUCUAGUUAAAAUGGAGAUGUCUGUCUGCAGUAAGCCGUACAUGCUAAAAGAGGGUCCUUUUCCUGCAUUUAGCCUUCCGUCUCCCACCGCUCGCUCUGAGGUGAUGAUACCAGGCGUCACCUCGCUUACUGGACCACCCCCUCCUCGACGGACCCCUAAGCAACACAACUGCAGCGCAUGUGGGAAAAACUUCUCCUCUGCUAGCGCCUUGCAGAUCCACGAGCGCACACACACAGGCGAGAAACCCUUCGGCUGCUCUGUCUGCGGUCGAGCCUUCACUACAAAGGGUAAUCUGAAGGUGCACAUGGGCACCCAUAUGUGGAAUAACACCCCUGCCCGUAGAGGUAGACGUUUGUCUGUGGAAAACCCAAUCGCCCUUCUGGGAAGUGAUGCCCUGAAAUUCAGUGAAGCAUUUCAAAAGGAUUUAGCGGCUAGGGCCAUGAACGUGGACCAAAACUUCUGGAGCCGAUAUGCAGCAGCCAUAUCUAAUGGCUUAGCAAUGAGGAACAAUGAAAUAUCCGUCAUUCAGAAUGGAGGAGUCCCUCAGCUUCCUGCCAUUAACGUAGCCAUGGAUAAAGCUAGUACUGGAAACAGCCCACCAAUCACAGCUCUUGAAAAGACAGGCAUAGAUAGGGGAAUUGGACAACACUUUUCCAUGAUGAUCAAUGACAAAAAAGACAUGGGAAACAAUUAAAAGUAAAGGUGAUAUUAUUUCUCCUUACUUAAGGUUGAUAAUAAAGUUGUCUUGAAUUUUUUUUAAAUAAUGUCUUUAGAAUAUGCUUUAUUUGUGUGGGAAAAUUCUCAGUUAUCUUAUCUUGUAGUGGCACUUGGUUUUUAUUUCUCUGUUUUAACUAAGGCCACGGAUAGUUUUACAAUUAUGCUCACUGACUGAAACCUUACACUUGAUUCAAGGGCAUUUUGCUGAGAUAAAAUUAUUUUACGUUGUAAAUAUGUAUUUUAUUUUCUUGUCCUCCGAUUUUGCUGUUUAAUAUUGUUCCAUUUAUGGGAAAGGGAACAUGUUUGGAUAUAUUAAAGAAAAUUUAGAUUUUUUUUCACACUGUGGUCUUAAUAUUGCUACAGUUAUAAUUACGUAACUAAUCCCCAGAAAGAAAAAAGAGACAUUGCAGUGUCUUUGAAAAGAGAUGCAUUAUUCUUUGACAUCCCACUGCUUUGCUGCUAUGCAUUGGAUGCAAACCAUUUAUUUUUUUGUAAAUUAAGAACACCACUAUGAAAGCUAUAGUUUCAUUUUAGCUGCAAUCAACAAUGAUGUGUUCGAUCUUAAAACAGCCUAUGUUAUUAUAUUAAUAAUGCAGAUAAUGUGUUGUAUGUUUUAUUUCCUGCUUUUGUUUACCUUUACAUGCAAACCUAAUUAGCGGGCCAAACUAUGAAGUAUGUCUUAAUAAAGAUCUCACAUUAAAAACGCUUUUGAACUUCAGUUGUAUAGUUAUCUUUGAAAGCCCUUUUAAUGCGGGACAAUUCUAUUUCUCAAUGUAGAUUUUUCUAAGUGUGUUUUACAAAUAAAUAAAUGUUUCCAGAAACGUUAUGGGACAAAGGAAAGAAAAAAGCUCAAAUGAAUUCUCUAUAAUAUUAGCUUAUUUCUUAUACUGGGAGUGUCAUGUUUUAGAUCUCUCAUGUAGCAGGUAAUUUUAGUGUUUUUCAUUUUAUAGUGAUUUUUUUGUUUAUAAAACAUAUUGUUUAGAUAUCAGUUAGUGUUGGGAAAAAACAGAACAAAAAAAUCAAAUGAGCAGUUUUUCAUAAGAUAGGUAAGGAUGUUAAAGGGAUGGGGUGUUUGAUGUGUCUUCUGCAUGAAUAGGAGACACUAUUUUUUUACUCAGAUACAUUAUAAGAGGAUUUAAAAUGUACUCCAAAUGUCUCUUUCUGUCUGCACAUCAGUAUUUUUACAUGGAGCGACUGAGGUGGGCUCUCAAACAUAUACUGACUGAACUGGAUUUAUUUCUA